AUUCCAAAAAAAAAAAAGCGCGACCUAACAACCCUUCACGAAUCACAUUCUAGUCAUGAGCUACGCCGGCCACGUUCUCUCCCUUCCCCGUUUAACUUCAGCGCCGUUUUCCCUUCUUCCUCCGCAAACCACCGCCGGCACGCUCUUCUCUACCACCACAGCAAACCACUCUCCUCGCUUUACUCCCCUUAAAAUCCACAACCUGUCUCUUCGCCGCCCUUCAGCUUGCAGCAACAACCAUAGUGGCGGCGGUGCUGAUGGAAAUGAUGGCGGCGGCGGUGACAAUGGAGGCGGCGGUGAUUGGUGGAGCAAUUUCUUCAAUUUUAAUAACAAAAAAUCUCCUCUCCUCCUCCUUCCAUUUUCCCGUAACGAAGAUAGUUCUAUUAUUGAUUCUAUAUUAUCAUGUAAGCCACUGCUAUUGUUCUUCGUAUCAGCUUCUUCUUCAAUUACGUGCUGCUUAAUAUUAGCUUCGUUCGUACAAGCAAAAACAAAAAACGAAGAAAACUGUAGAGAAAUUGUGUAUGAAAUUAAAGGAGGAAGGCGGAUUGAACUUGAGCUGGAUAAUUCAAAGGAUGAAUUUAUUCUUCCGAAGACAAUGUGGUCACGUUUGUUAUUUAACCCUAACUCCUUCUCUUCGGGUAGUGGUUAUGUUUCAAAUUUGUGGAUGCAAUGCAAGGAAUUAACGAUGAAUUUGCUGUUGCCUGAGGGGUUUCCGGAGAGUGUGACGAGUGAUUAUUUGGAGUAUUCAAUCUGGAGAGGGGUUCAAGGUCUUGCUGCACAAAUUAGUGGUGUUCUUGCUACCCAGGCCUUACUUUACGCCGUUGGAUUAGGGAAAGGAGCUAUUCCUACUGCUGCAGCUGUCAAUUGGGUGCUUAAGGAUGGCAUUGGAUAUCUUAGCAAGAUUCUUUUGUCAAAUUAUGGCAGGCAUUUUGAUGUCAAUCCUAAGAGCUGGAGGCUGUUUGCAGACCUUUUGGAGAAUGCUGCUUAUGGGCUGGAGAUUUUGACCCCUGCCUUCCCACAUCUGUUUGUUCCUAUCGGAGCUGUUGCUGGAGCAGGGAGAUCAGCCGCUUCAUUAAUCCAGGCUGCUACAAGAAGCUGCUUCUAUGCGGGUUUUGCUGCUCAGAGGAAUUUCGCUGAGGUGAUUGCAAAGGGUGAAGCUCAAGGAAUGGUGAGCAAAGGAGUUGGAAUCAUGCUUGGCAUUGCACUGGCUAACUGCACCCGCUCUUCUACAUCUCUUGCUCUUGCUUCUUUUGGAGUGAUAACUUGGAUCCACAUGUUCUGUAAUCUGAAGUCAUAUCAGUCCAUUCAACUAAGGACUUUAAAUCCUUAUCGAGCAAGUUUAGUCUUCAGUGAGUAUCUGCUCAGUGGUCUGGUUCCUUCAGUUAAAGAGGUCAAUGAUGAGGAGCCUGUUUUCCCAGCUGCUCUUUUAAAUCGAAAGGCAGCACAUGAAUCUUCUCAGACACAAACGGAAGUGCUUUCUGUCAAUGCUAAGCAAGCAGCUGCUAGGAUUGUGCAGCGGUUGCAGCUAGGUUCUAAACUUUCUGAUGUUGCUACUAGUCGAGAAGAUGUGCUUGCUCUGUUUGAACUGUACAAGAAUGAAGGUUACAUUUUGACUGAGCAAGAAGGAAGAUUUUGUAUUGUGCUGAAAGAAAGUUCAUCGCCACAAGAUAUGUUGAAGUCAUUGUUUCAUGUCAAUUACCUGUACUGGUUGGAGAAAAAUGCAGGAAUCAAGUCGAGCAGUGUAGCUAAUGACUGCAGGCCUGGGGGAAGGCUGCAGAUAUCUUUGGAGUAUGUUGAGAGAGAGUUUAAUCAUGUUAAAAAUGAUGGUGAAGUAGCAGGUUGGGUGAUUGACAGUCUCAUUGCAAGGCCUUUGCCAAAUCGAAUUCGCUUGGGUUAUGCAGCUGUAUCUUCUGUUGCAGAAGGUUGACCUUAUAUUACAAGUCGUGGUUUCUCUGAACAAGCUGUUGUUGCCAGCUCAAGUCAUCCCUCAUACCCUGUGGAGCUGCCAAACCAUGGUGAUGUGUCACUUUGGAUUUGCAUCUACAGGCGGAAGAGCUUGAAAACGAUUGGUAAAACCCAUUUCAUGACUGUACAAUGAGCUUGCAAUGGUAUGUCAUUCAAGAAUUGGAUGAUGCAGUACGCUGGUUGAAUGGUGUGGGUUCUUGUGAGUAUCUGGAUUUGGUUUUGAGUGCAUGGUUUUGUUGCUGCUAUGAAAUUCAUUGGAUCUUGAUCAGAUAAUGCUGCAACAGUGUUGUCAAAAGGCACAUUUAAAGCGCGCUUAAGCCCUGAAGCUCAGAAAAGCUCAGGGAGGGCGCUUCGCGUCGCUUCAGUGUAAGGCAAGACACUAAGACAUGCACCUCAUUGCCCAUGAAUUUUAUCGUGAAUCAAGUGGCACUAAACAACAAAUAUGAUCAGAAAAUAAGUGUAAUAGCUGUAAAGAAAACAUUAUGAAUGAAUUUUGUUAGUUUGUUCUUGAAUUACAUAUAUUUGUUGAUCCAAA